GUGUUUUUUCCGACUGUCCCUGUGUGAGUUAAUGGCUCCUCCUGYUAGAUACGGAGCUGGUAGCGAGCAGUCCGAAAAACACUAACUACACCCGGGUAGAUAGAUAGCGCGCUGGGUGGUUUGAGAGAGAGGCUCGCCGGGUUGUAGUCGAGGCCUGGUGUUAAAGCGUGAAGCGGAUGGUCGAGGAAAGCGUUCUGUAUUUUAACAACAGACUCUCCAAAAAAUGAACUCCGUCAGAGCCACCAACCGGAGACCCAGGCGAGUCUCAAGGCCGCGCCCGGUGCAGCCYGACCGGAACGAGGGGGACCGAGCAGAUGAGGAGGCUCCAGCUGCAGCAGCGGAGGUGGCUGUGGAGGAGUCUGGGCCUGCAGCUGGGAACAGCCCCUACCAGCUCCGACGCAAGUCUCUACUGCCCAAGAGAACAGCCUCCAGUACUGCAGCGGCCUGCCCCAGCAAGACCGCUAUGGAGGGAGCGUCCACCUCGACGACAGAACCCUUCGGUCCCCGAGCCAAACGAGCCAGGGUCUCUGGCAGGAGCCACGACCUGCCAGCGGCUCUAGCAGAGCAGUACCUGCAGCAGAAGCUUCCAGAUGAGGUGGUUCUGAAGAUUUUCUCAUAUCUCCUGGAGCAGGACCUCUGUCAGACUGCCUGCGUCUGCAAACGUUUCAGCGAGCUAGCCAACGACCCUAUACUCUGGAAGCGUCUGUACAUGGAGGUGUUUGAGUACACCCGUCCCAUGAUGCACCCCGAGCCAGGAAAGUUCUACCAGGUCAGCCCUGAGGAACACGACCACCCAAACCCCUGGAAGGACAGCUUYCAACAACUGUAUAAAGGAGCCCAUGUGAAGCCAGGCUUUGCUGAACAUUUCUACAGCAACCCUGGGAGGUUUAAAGGCAGGGAGAAUAUGCUGUACUAUGACACCAUAGAAGAUGCGUUAGGAGGGGUGCAGGAGAGUCAUUUUGAUGGGCUGAUCUUCGUCCACUCUGGGAUCUACACUGACGAGUGGAUCUACAUAGAGUCCCCUAUCACCAUGAUUGGAGCAGCUCCUGGUAAGGUGUCUGAUAAAGUGGUUAUUGAGAACACCAGAGACUCRACGUUUGUCUUCAUGGAGGGAUCGGAGGACGCCUACGUAGGAUACAUGACCAUUAGGUUUAACCCAGAUGAUAAGUCAGCUCAGCACCACAACGCCCACCACUGUCUGGAGAUCACUGUCAACUGUUCYCCCAACAUAGACCACUGUAUCAUCAGAUCUACCUGCACAGUGGGCUCGGCUGUGUGUGUGAGCGGCCAGGGGGCGUGUCCUACCAUCAAACACUGCAACAUCAGCGACUGUGAGAACGUUGGACUUUACAUCACCGACCAUGCACAGGGUAUUUAUGAGGAUAAUGAGAUCAGUAAUAAUGCAUUGGCGGGAAUCUGGGUAAAAAACCACGGCAACCCCAUCAUCAGACGAAACCACAUCCACCACGGCCGAGAUGUAGGAGUCUUCACCUUCGACCACGGCAUGGGUUAUUUUGAGAGUUGUAACAUCCACAGGAAUCGUAUAGCAGGCUUUGAGGUGAAGGCGUAUGCUAACCCUACAGUGGUUCGCUGUGAGAUCCACCAUGGCCAGACAGGGGGCAUCUAUGUGCAUGAGAAAGGAAGAGGACAGUUUAUAGAAAACAAGAUCUACGCCAACAACUUCGCUGGAGUCUGGAUCACCUCCAACAGCGACCCUACGAUACGGGGCAAUGCAAUCUUUAAUGGUAACCAAGGGGGCGUGUACAUAUUUGGCGAUGGGCGUGGCCUGAUCGAGGGGAACGAUAUCCAUGGCAACGCUCUGGCAGGAAUCCAAAUCAGAACCAACAGCUGCCCAAUUGUACGCCAUAACAAGAUCCACGACGGACAGCAUGGCGGCAUCUACGUGCAUGAGAAGGGCCAGGGUGUGAUCGAGGAGAACGAGGUGUACAGCAACACGCUGGCAGGAGUCUGGGUGACAACCGGCAGCACACCUGUCCUCCGYAGAAACCGCAUCCACAGCGGCAAACAGGUUGGUGUSUAUUUCUAUGACAACGGCCAUGGGGUGUUGGAAGACAACGACAUCUACAAUCACAUGUACUCCGGCGUUCAAAUACGGACGGGCAGCAACCCCAAGAUCCGCCGCAACAAGAUCUGGGGAGGACAGAACGGAGGCAUCCUGGUCUACAACUCCGGUCUGGGUUUCAUCGAGGACAAUGAGAUCUUCGACAACGCCAUGGCGGGCGUGUGGAUUAAGACGGACAGCAACCCCACGCUGCGGCGCAACAAGAUCCACGACGGGAGAGACGGAGGCAUCUGUAUCUUCAACGGAGGGAGAGGUCUCCUGGAGGAGAACGAUAUCUUCAGGAACGCCCAGGCCGGGGUCCUCAUCAGCACCAACAGCCACCCGGUCCUCCGCAAGAACCGCAUCUUUGACGGCUUUGCUGCAGGUAUCGAGAUAACCAACCACGCCACUGCAACUCUGGAGGGGAACCAGAUCUUCAACAACCGUUUCGGAGGCCUGUUCCUCGCCUCGGGGGUGAACGUCACCAUGAAAGUCAUUCUGUGCAGAUUCAUCACUCUCCCUUCUAACGAGUCCUACACAGCUUGUGUUCGUCGUAGAUGGAAGCAGAAGACACAUAAUAAGAUAAUGAAUAACCAGGAUGCCAUAGAGAAAGCUGUGAGCAGAGGACAAUGUCUCUACAAGAUCUCCAGCUACACCUCCUACCCCAUGCAUGACUUUUACAGGUGUCACACCUGCAAUACGACAGACCGGAACGCCAUCUGUGUAAACUGCAUCAAGAAGUGUCACCAAGGACACGACGUGGAGUUUAUACGGCACGAUAGGUUUUUCUGUGACUGUGGAGCGGGAACUCUGUCCAACCCCUGUACUCUGGCUGGAGAACCCACACACGACACGGACACACUUUACGACUCAGCCCCGCCCAUAGAGUCCAAUACACUGCAACACAACUGAACACACACACACAUCACAUGUACACACACACACUACAUAAACACACACCCUAUAAUCUACAUACACACACUACAUAACACACAUUCAUAACACACUCAUAUAUAUAUAUAUAUGCACACACAGACAUAUACACCACUCACACACGCUGGCCAUAGGGAGCCAGAGAGACUGAAUACGGUGUUCUCAGCAGGGACUGGCAUAGAGGAACCCUGAGAUUCAGAGACUGAAUACGGUGUUCUCAGCAGGGACUGGCAUUGAGGAACCCUGAGAUUCAGAGAGAGACCGAGACAGUGAUGCACUUGGGAGUCUCUUCUAAAGGGAACUAUGAAGCUGGUCUGAAUUUGACUGGUCUGGUCUGGAUUAGCCUCUGGUCUACGGUGAUGAGAAACUGACUCGUACUGAACGGCCACAUGAGAUUCUCACCAUUGCAUCUCUGGACGCCAAAUGGCCAGGUAGAGGAUGGAGAGUGAGUGUGGAGAGGGUAGGGAAGUGGCUACUCUGAUAAUGUCGGAGUGGCCAAUGAGACUUCCUUUGCCUGUGACCUCUCGGCGACUCCAGGAUCCUGGGAAUCGAACUUCCUCCCAAGACAGGAAGAAAGGAGAUUUAGCCCCACCCACUGAGAAAACGCUUCCUGUUCAGAGGCAUCUGUUACUAGGCAGUGGAUGGCUGAUAUAUACAUACGUACUGCUAACGGAAGAGAGGGACUUUGAUCAAGUACCUCUGCUUUUAUAAUAUGUUAUUCUGAUCAACAGAUAUUAUUUUAAUGCUUUCUCAUGUAGUUUUGUAUUUACAAGCAAAAAAUCUUACUGUAUUUGAAUGUCUUUUUAUUAUUAUAUAUUAUAAUUCUAAAUGUUUGUUGUGUUGACCCCAGGCUUCCUGCAGUAGCUGUUCAUGUCCCAGUGGAUUUGUUCUUUCUGUGAAAGAGAAUCACGUUUAACACUAAAGACUCUCUCCAGGCUAGUAGAUGUAGGACUGGUGGAAGAUUGUGUGUGUGUGUGUGUGUGUGUGUGUGUGUGUGUGUGUGUGUUGGAAGGGUGCAUGUUUGUGUUCAUAUGCAGUCCGUGUUUCUGGAGAGGGUCAGAUACGGGGCAUCAGGCCUUUUUCAAACUGGGACAGACGAGUCGUUCUGCAGUCCCCUUCCCCAUCUCUCCCUCUCAUAUUCUCUCCCCUCCUCGUUCCCCCACCUCCCUCCCUACUUCCCCCUCUCUCUUCCUUACCCUGAUCUCUCCCCCCCCUCCUUUUCUCUCUUUGUAUUCUGGUGACUGUGGCUCCUCAUACAGCCUGGAUCGUAUGCAUGUGUACCAUAACAUCAAGGUGGUGUGCCCCUGCUCAGACGCUGCGUGCCACGUCGGCGACUGUGCCGUCGGGAACCAGAUUACUAUUACAUAUGUGGUUAAUUGAUGCGUAGAAUACCUUCCCAGGCAUAAGAUCUGGCACGCAUCAAUAACGUCUGACCAGGGSACACAACCCUAGACUUAAUAUAUUGUGAAGUAUUAAUACAACCAUUAUGUAGAUGCUAGUAUGAAUUCAAAAAAGGUUUAAUUUCCUAGGAAGAAAAAAAAAAAUAUUGGAAACUGGUCGUUUGUAAGAAAAUAAAACUUUAUUAGAUMAGCCGUG